AUGAGUGCUCCUAUCAAGUUAGAGAAUACUUCUCGUAGGGAUGCGUUGAUAGACAUCGAGAAGAAGUACCAAAAGUACUGGGCUGAGAACAAGUUUUUUGAAGUUGAUGCUCCUACUUUAGCAGAAGAUUCCAAUGAAGAUGUUGAUAAAGUUAGAGAAACUCACCCUAAGUUCUUUACUACCAUGGCUUAUCCUUACAUGAAUGGUGUUUUACAUGCUGGACACAGUUUCACUUUGUCCAAGGCUGAAUUUGCCACUGGUUUCGAGAGAAUGAAUGGUAAGAGAGCUUUGUUCCCAUUAGGGUUCCACUGUACCGGUAUGCCCAUUAAGGCUGCUGCUGACAAGAUUAAGAGAGAACUUGAGGAUUUUGGAGCUGAUUUCUCUGGUGCCCCAGCCGAAGAUGAAGAAGAAGAAACCACUGCUGCUGUUGCUGAACCUAAAGCUAAGAGUGAAGAUGUGACCAAGUUCAAGGCUAAGAAAUCCAAAGCUGCUGCUAAACAAGGAAGGGGUAAAUUCCAAUUUGAAAUCAUGUUGCAAUUGGGUAUCAGCAAGGAAGAAGUUGCCAAGUUUGCUGAUCCUGAUCAUUGGCUCCAAUUCUUCCCUCCUUUAGUUCAAAAGGAUGUCACUGCUUUUGGUGGUAGAGUUGAUUGGAGAAGAUCUAUGGUCACUACCGAUGCCAACUUAUACUAUGAUGCCUUUGUCAGAUGGCAAAUCAACAGAUUGAGAGAUCUCGGGAAGAUUAAGUUUGGUGAAAGAUACACCAUCUACUCUGAAAAGGAUGGUCAAGCUUGUUUGGAUCACGAUAGACAAUCUGGUGAAGGUGUUAACCCUCAAGAAUACACUGGUAUUAAGAUCAAGGUUGAUGAGUUUCCAGAAGAAGCUCAACAAGUGUUUGCUCAAUCAGAUUUUGACUUCAAGAACAAGAAUGUCUUUUUAGUGGCUGCUACCUUGAGACCAGAAACCAUGUAUGGACAAACUUGCUGUUUUGUAUCUCCUAAGAUUGAUUAUGGUGUUUUUGAAGUCAGUAAGGAUACUUAUUACAUCACCACUGAACGUGCUUUCAAGAACAUGUCGUACCAAAAGUUAACUCCAAAGAGAGGUGACUAUAAGCCUGUUGCUCGUAUCAAUGGUAAGGCUUUAAUUGGUGCUAAGAUCACUGCUCCUUUGGCUAUCAACAAGAACUUGAGAGUAUUGCCUAUGGAGACUGUUUUGGCUUCUAAGGGUACUGGUGUAGUUACUUGUGUUCCAUCUGAUUCUCCUGAUGAUUACAUUACUACUAGAGAGUUGGCCCAUAAGCCUGAGUAUUAUAAGAUUGAUAAGGAAUGGGUUGUGGAAGACAUCUUGCCCAUUGUUAGUACUCCUAAGUACGGUGACAAGUGUGCUGAAUAUUUAGUUAAGCAAUUGAAGAUUCAAUCUCCAAAGGACUCUGUUCAAUUGGCUGAAGCUAAGGAAUUGGCUUACAAGGAAGGUUACUACAACGGUACUAUGGUUGUUGGUAAAUAUUCUGGUGAUAAGGUUGAAGAUGCUAAGCCCAAAGUUAAGGCCGAUUUGAUUGCCUCUGGUGAUGCCUUUGUCUACAAUGAACCUGAGGGGAUUGUUAUUUCCAGAUCUGGUGAUGAAUGUAUUGUUUCAUUGGAAGAUCAAUGGUUUAUUGAUUAUGGUGAAGAAACUUGGAAGGGUCAAGCUUUAGAAUGUUUGGCUUCAAUGCAAACAUAUUCUAAGGAAACAAGACAUGGCUUUGAAAAAGUUUUGGAUUGGUUAAAGAAUUGGGCUGUUACCAGAAACUUUGGUUUAGGUACCAAAUUACCUUGGGAUAAAAACCUUUUAGUUGAAUCUUUGAGUGAUUCCACAGUUUACAUGGCUUAUUAUACCAUUUCCCGUUUCUUGCAUUCAGAUUAUUAUGGUAAGGUUGCUGGUAAGUUUGAUAUUAGGCCCGAACAAAUGACUGAUGAAGUGUUUGAUUAUAUCUUUACCAGAAGAGACACCAUUGACUCUGAUAUUCCAAUUGAACAGUUGAAGACCAUGAGAAGAGAAUUUGAAUACUUUUAUCCAUUGGAUGAAAGAGUUUCCGGUAAGGAUUUAAUCCCCAACCAUUUAACCUUUUUCAUUUACACCCAUGUUGCCAUAUUCCCCAAGAGAUUAUGGCCCGUAGGUGUUAGAGCUAAUGGACAUUUGAUGUUGAACAAUGCUAAGAUGUCCAAAUCCACUGGUAAUUUCAUGACUUUAGAACAAAUUGUUGCGAAGUUUGGAGCUGAUGCAUCAAGAAUUGCAUUGGCCGAUGCUGGUGAUACUGUUGAAGAUGCUAAUUUCGAUGAAUCCAAUGCCAAUGCUGCCAUUUUAAGAUUGACCACCUUGAAGGAAUGGUGUGAAGAAGUGAUUAGAAACAAGGAUUCCUUAAGAACUGGACCAACGGAUACCAACUUCUUUGAUAUUGCAUUUGAAAAUGAAAUGAAUGAUUUAAUUGAGAAAACCUAUGAACAAUAUAAGGAAACCAAUUAUAAGGCAGCAUUAGUAACUGGAUUGUUUGAUUUCCAAACAUCUAGAGAUUAUUAUAGAGAUAGUGUUUCCUCCAAUAUUGGCAUGCAUAAGGAAUUGGUAUUGAAAUAUAUUGAAAGUCAAGUUCUUAUGUUGGCCCCCAUUGCUCCCCAUUUUGCUGAAUAUAUUUAUCGUGAAGUCUUGGGUAAUGAAGGGUCCAUUCAAACUGCUUCAUUCCCUAGAGCCAAUAAGAAGGUAUCCAAGUCUAUUUCUGAUUCUUUGGAAUACAUUCGUGAUUUAUCCAGAUCCAUUCGUGAAGCUGAAGCAUUAGUGUUAAAGAAGAAGAAGGGUGGGAAACCUGCCGAUGUUGAUUCCACCAAACCAAUUAAAUUGACCUUGUACAUUUCAACCACCUUCCCUAAAUGGCAAGAGCAAUACAUUGAAUUGGUUAGACAACUAUUUGAAUCUCAAAGUUUAGAUGAUAAUAAAGCCAUUAGAGAAAAGGUUGGUAAAGACAUGAAGAGAGCCAUGCCAUUCAUUUCAUUCUUGAAACAAAGAUUGACUACUGAAUCUCCAGAAACAGUUUUGAACAGACAAUUGAGUUUCAACGAGUCAGAAGUGCUCUUGACCAUCAUUCCAAAUAUUAAGAAUGCUCCUGUUCAAUUAGAAGUUGAGCAAUUGAACAUUAUAGCAUUUGAAAAUGGGUCUACAUUAGGCAAGAACAUUGUUACUGGUGAAGAUUAUACCGUUAGUAGUACUGGGAAGAUUAUUGAGAAUGCUAUUCCUGGUCAACCUGGUAUCCACAUUGAGAAUGUUUAG